GCGGGCCGGGAGGCGGAGCGCGGUGCCGGCGGCGCGAGGGUGGAGGCAGCGCGCCGCCGGCGGCGGGGCUGUAGCUCUUCGGGCUCCGGCGGCGGCGCUACCCCUUCGAGUGUCUGCGCGUCCCCUGGCCGCUUCCGAGCGGCGCGGCUACGCUUAAAAUGACGAAUGUGUAAUUUCAAUGGAAUAAAUGGCGUCCAAAGUCACAGAUGCUAUAGUCUGGUAUCAAAAGAAGAUUGGAGCCUAUGAUCAACAAAUAUGGGAAAAGUCUGUUGAACAACGAGAAAUCAAGGGGUUAAGGAAUAAACCAAAGAAAACAGCACAUGUGAAACCAGACCUCAUAGAUGUUGAUCUUGUGAGAGGGUCUGCAUUUGCUAAGGCAAAGCCUGAAAGUCCCUGGACUUCUCUGACUAGAAAAGGGAUUGUUCGAGUUGUAUUUUUCCCCUUUUUCUUCCGGUGGUGGUUACAAGUAACAUCGAAGGUCAUCUUUUCCUGGCUUCUUGUCCUCUAUCUUCUUCAAGUUGCUGCAAUAGUAUUAUUCUGUUCUGCUCCUAGCCCACAUAGCAUACCUCUAACUGAAGUGAUUGGGCCAAUAUGGCUGAUGUUGCUUUUGGGAACUGUGCAUUGCCAGAUUGUUUCAACAAGAACACCCAAACCUCCUCUAAGCACGGGAGGGAAAAGAAGGAGGAAAUUAAGAAAAGCAGCCCAUUUGGAAGUACACAGGGAAGGAGAUGGCUCUAGCACCACAGAUAACACACAGGAGGGGGCUGUGCAGAGCCACAGUGCGGGCCCCUCUUACAGUGUUGGCGCUGUCUUCAGAGAUUUCUGGCAUGCUGCUUUCUUUUUAUCAGGGUCAAAGAAAGCAAAGAAUUCACUUGAUAAGUCAACUGAGACUGACAAUGGCUAUGUAUCCCUUGAUGGGAAAAAGACUGUAAAAAGCAGUGAGGAUGGAGUACAAGGCCACGACCCUCCGUGUGAAACUAUUCGACCAGAAGACACAGCAUGGGCCACUCGGACUCCAAGGAAUGUUCUUGCCAAAGAUACCCAAAGAAAGAUGACAAAUGUCUCUGAUGAAGUAUCCAGCGAGGAAGGUCCUGAAACGGGGUACUCACUACGCUGUCAUGUGGACAGAACUUCCGAAAGCAGUCUUCGAAACAGAAAGCCCCAUCACUAUAAAAAGCAUUAUGCAAAUGAGGAUGCCCCUAAGUCGGGUACUAGUUGCAGCUCUCGCUGUUCAAGUUCCAGACAGGAUUCUGAGAGUACAAGGCCAGAAUCUGAAACUGAAGAUGUACUGUGGGAAGACUUGUUACACUGUGCAGAAUGCCGUUCAUCAUGUACCAGUGAGACAGACGUGGGGAGUCCUCAGAUUAAUCCCUGUGUGAAAAAAGAAUAUAGAGACGACCCUUUCCAUCAGAGUCAUUUGCCCUGGCUACAUAGUUCCCACCCAGGAUUAGAAAAAAUCAGUGCUAUAGUAUGGGAAGGCAAUGAUUGUAAGAAAGCAGACAUGUCUGUACUUGAAAUCAGUGGGAUGAUAAUGAACAGGGUAAACAACCAUGUACCAGGCAUAGGAUACCAGAUAUUUGGAAAUGCCAUCUCCCUUAUCCUGGGCUUAACUCCUUUUGUUUUCCGACUGUCCCAAGCCACAGACUUGGAGCAGCUCACAGCCCAUUCUGCCUCAGAGCUUUAUGUGAUUGCAUUUGGUUCUAACGAAGAUUUCAUGGUUCUUUCUAUGGUCCUAAUAAGUUUUGUGGUUCGUGUAUCUCUUGUAUGGAUCUUCUUUUUUUUGCUAUGUGUAGCAGAAAGAACAUAUAAACAACGAUUACUCUUUGCAAAACUCUUUGGGCAUUUGACAUCUGCAAGGAGAGCUCGGAAAUCUGAGGUUCCUCAUUUCCGGUUGAAGAAAGUACAGAAUAUAAAAAUGUGGCUGUCUCUCCGCUCCUAUCUUAAGCGCCGUGGUCCUCAGAGAUCGGUUGAUGUCAUUGUUUCAUCUGCUUUCUUACUGACAAUCUCAGUUGUAUUUAUCUGUUGUGCUCAGCUGCUCCACGUGCAUGAGAUCUUCCUUGACUGUCACUACAACUGGGAGCUGGUGAUCUGGUGCAUCUCCUUGACACUGUUUCUCCUGAGGUUUGUGACUCUCGGAUCAGAGACAAGCAAGAAGUACAGCAAUACCUCCAUACUACUUACGGAACAGAUAAACCUCUACUUGAAAAUGGAGAAGAAACCUAACAAAAAGGAGGAACUGACACUUGUGAAUAAUGUUUUAAAACUGGCUACUAAACUAUUGAAGGAAUUGGACAGUCCCUUUAGGUUGUAUGGACUCACAAUGAACCCGCUGCUGUACAACAUCACCCAGGUUGUCAUCCUGUCGGCUGUUUCUGGGGUCAUCAGCGACUUACUUGGAUUUAACUUGAAGCUGUGGAAGAUUAAAUCAUGACAGUUGAGAGAAAUGAAGAUGUAGCCUGUUUGCCAGAACAUGAGAGCUGAUGAAGCAGUCCGGAAGCAGCCACUGGCCCUGCUCCAGGAGCCUGCUGGGAAUGAAGUGUUUACAUCAGACUGUAUUGUGCAAUUCUUAUAUUUAUUUUAUUUGUUCACUGUUUUUUUGUUUUGUUUUGUUGUACGUGUGUGUUUCUUUUCUUUAUUUUUUUUAAACAUUUGUUUUAGUCUGUUUUAAGCAUUGAAGUUCUUAGUUGUUGAAAGGGUGACAAAACUGAUCCAGAUACCUGAGAUCCUGGUAAUUGUUCACAAAUAAUUGACAGACAAAUUGUGACAAUAGAAGCCAUUGCUAAUCACUGUUUCUUCAUCAAUGCCGUGAACUUGCCUUACUUGAGGAAAACUUCAACUCUGAAAUAGUGCAUUGGACUCAACUAAACACAGCAUUUUCUUUGGUAAACCACGAUCCGCUCAGGAUCACUCUUGAGAGAACAGUACUGGGAUCUAACCUGAUUAAGCUGCAGUUGAAGCACCCUUCAGUAUUACUACAUGGUAUUAUGUAACAGGUCAACAAGUGCUCUUUGAUUAUAAAACUCUUAAUGGAGCAAUAAUUGUAAAUGGUUACCAUACUGUAAAAUAUUUUGAUAAAAUUAAUUAGUAAUAAAUGUAUUUAUUUAAAACACUGAGCUGUUUGCACAGCUCCAACUGUGCAUGCUCAAAAUGUGCACUUUUUAAAAUGGUUUCUCUUGAUGUAUAUCUUUAUGUGGGAUAUGUUACAGUGUACUCGGGCAUAAUAUGGUAUCCUUCUGAGGGAGGUCUAGCCUCCUCUCACAAGUGAAGUGCCUACUGCUGUUACUAAAGUGCGUUAACGUUUACUCACGAGAAUUUCCCAUGGUACACUAUAGCGUAUGCUGUUCCUACCACACUCAAGGUAAGCUCGAGAAUAAAGUUAAGAACCAACAAAACAUUUCUCUGAUUGCUAGUUACAAAAUUUCCAAAUUUUCCAAAAAGACAGCUUCCGCCUCCCAGUUCUAGCCUCCAAAUUUAAUCUGGUGCACCCCCUCCCCUAGCUCCAUUACAUAAGGGCUAUUUUUAGAUGCUUUUAACAUGGAAACGUAGCUUCUCUCUCCUUCAGUAACUUGUCAAGUGUCCAGUGGGAGCUUGCCAUGUUUCCUGUUGGUAAAUAGGGCAGAUAUGAGAGUUCCUGCAUUUGGCCUUGAUUCUAAGUUGUUACAUUCGUACAAUCAGUAGUGUUUUAAAAAUGUUUUUGUGAUUUUUUUUUUUGUUGUUAUUUUUAUUUAAGCUAAGCAUUUGGUUCCUCAAACAAAGAAUUUAUUUGAAACAAUCUAGAAUUUUCUUGGUGCAAAGUCAUAUUCAUAUUUUUAGAAUAUAUUAGGGACUUUAAAAUAAUUAAUUGUAAAUAAUUUCUUUGAUUGGUACAGUUUUAAUUCCCAAAUCACUCUUAAAAUCAGGAAUGUGCAGAGAACAAAGCCUUGUGGUACAGUGCUGCUCUUCCCAUUCCUCUGACCAGCCUCAGUUAAGCCUCACUGUAGAGUGCUCUUUGUACAGGAAACAGCAGACAGCAUUGUGUUCCGUUUGCCUGUGUUCUAAUAUGUCCAAUAAUGACCAAAGUGCAUUCUGAGUAUUUUCAAGGAAUGUAUUACUGGAGCUUUAAGAACAUACUUAGUUUCUCAUGUGAAGAAUUAGGCUUUGUCUGGUGUUUCUUCCUGUUGUCUAAUGUUGAGGUUGUUUUUAGGCACUAUAUUUUAUAAACUUUUUCAAAAUAAGGUACAUACCUAUACAGAACUUAACAUUUUGCACAGAGUAUAUCAAAUAUAUUUUGAGAAUAAAAAAGUACAGCAUGAGUUCUGUUAGGAAUAAAAAGAUGAGAUUAUCGUAUCUUACAAAAACUUAUUUCAGAAUGGAAAUAUUUUUGAGAAAGGUAGCGAAGUAUACAGACCUAGGAAAAUGCUUGCAUUAGGUUAGUUCUGUUUGACAUAGAGUUUGGAGAUGAUUGUAUAGUAAACCUGUCAACAUGACGUGUUGACUGUGCUUUAACGUGGGCAGUAGUAGAGUACUGAAAGAAAGAUGUUGUAAGCCGUUUCCUAAUGUUAACAGAACCACUUCAAAGUAGUAAGUCGACAUCCCUGCCUUGAAGAGCACCAUGAAUGUAAGAGUUGAAAUUGUAACAUACCACAUUAUAGAGAAAAAGCAAUCCAGCGGUAGAAUUAUGGCAGAUGUUGUGUGCUGUUUCUUUGCUGCGUGUUGUUUUUGAAAGUUUGAACAGCAAGUUUAAAAUAAAACAUUCUAUGACUGA